AUGGAAAUGGAGCCUAAACGUAUGAAAGUAGCUGAACCGGGACCUUCAUUUGUGAGUUUAACAAAGUCCCAAAAGCUCCCUUGUAUUACAUAUAUAAAUAAUAUAGCAGAAAGAAACAAAUUAACAUACAAACGGGUAUGUAACGAAAUAGACCGAAGUCGAGAUGAUGCCGUGGGAUGCGAACUAGGCACGAUGGCUGGGGCUAUAGCUUAUGGUUCAACGGUCAACUUCCGGAUCAAUCUGCUUCGAGCUGGAGCAGAAAGCAGGCUGGGAAUGGUCAGUGAGAAGACAGGUAAGCUGAACAAAAGAUUUUACCGGCGGCCAGCAACAAAGAAACCGUCCCACGAGUGA